GCUCCCUCUCUCUCUCCCUCCGACGGAAAAGAACCCGGAGACUCGGAGAAACCCGCAAAUCUGUGCGUUCACGCGUCAGCUCCAGGUUCACCGGUCAGAGAGGAAACUACAAGAGGAGGAAGAGGAGGACGGAAAGGAAAAGAAGAAGUAGUAGUAGUAGUAGAAGGAGAAGAAGGAGGAGGAGGAGAAGAAGAAGGAGGAGAAGAAGAAAAAGAAGAAGAAGAGGAGGAGGAGAAGUCGGAGUUGCUCAGUAGUUUUCCUCCCGCCCCUCCGGAGGGUCUCGGUGUGAACAUGGAGCGGACUGGAACUUUCCUGCUGCUGCUGCUUUCACUGGGACCACGGGACGCGAGGACCGACACCUUCAAAGCCUGUCUGUCCACCCAGUCUCCAGACUGUCCACUGGUCCAGUCCAAAGACGACGACUUCGACUGGGAGCAGGGAGACACCAGGGACCGGCCGUCCAGCAACCCCUGGAUCCCCGCAGGCUCCUCCUUCCUGUUUGUGAACACAUCAGGUCGCUAUGGCGACCAGCGCGCUCAGCUGAUGCUGCCGCCGCUCAAAGAGAACGACACGCACUGCGUCAGCUUCCUGUUCUACCACGCAGGAGGCCGCGAGGGCGCCACACCCGCUACGCUCAAUGUCUACAUCAAAGAGAACAACAGUCCUCUGGGGGUUCCAGUGUUUAACUCUUCAGGCCCCGCCUACCACGACUGGAAGGGGGUGGAGCUUGCAGUGUCAACCUUCUGGCCCAAUCACUAUCAGGUGGUGUUUGAGGCGGUCAGCACUGGUCAGAGAGGAGUUCUGGCGAUUAAGGACAUCACCCUGCAGGGACACCAGUGCAUGGCCACGCCCCACUUCCUGCACAUCAAAGGCGUGGAUGUGAACGCGGGACAGACGGCAGCUUUUCACUGCACCAUCAACGGACGACCUCAGCCCGGCCACCUCCUCUACCUCCAGGGGAUGGGAGGUCGCCAUGCCGUUGUCAAGGAAACCAAGCCGAUAAACCCCCGGCGCUACGUGGCAAUCUUCGACGUCGACAACACGACCAAAGGCGACUCGGGACGCUACCGCUGCAUCGCCCAAUCAGAGCGCGGCGUGGGCGUGUCCUCCUACGCCGACCUCACCGUGAAACAGCCUCCGGUACCGAUCGCCCCUCCUCAGCUGACGGCAGUCGGGGCGACCUACCUGUGGAUCCAGCUCAACGCCAACUCCAUCAAUGGAGACGGGCCCAUCAUCGAGAGAGAGGUGGAGUAUCGUACGAUGUCGGGCAUGCUGAUUGACACCACGCCCGUGGAUAAAGCCACUCAUAAGAUCGGGCACCUGGACCCAGACACCGAGUACGAAAUUAGCGUGCUGCUAACACGGCCCCUGGAGGGAGGCACAGGAAACCCUGGACCACCACUCAGAGCCAGGACCAGGUGUGCAGAUCCGAUGCACGGCCCGCGGCGUCUGGAGGUCGUUGACGUUCAGUCCAAGCAGGUGACGAUUCGAUGGGAACCGUUCGGAUACAACGUCACUCGCUGCUACAGCUACAACCUGACAGUGCAGUACCAGUACAGGCCUGCAGGGGCCACCAGCAGGGACCCGGUGAAGGAGGAGCUGGUGUACGACUCGGUGAGCGUCUUGCCUCAGUACACCGUCAGAAACCUUCCGCCGUUCACCAACGUCAGUCUGAAACUAGUCCUCACCAACCCGGAGGGACACAAGGAGAGCGAGGAGCUGCCGGUGUUGACGGACGAGGACGUUCCUGGAGCCGUCCCCGUGGACUCGAUCCUCGGCAGCAGCUACGAGCAGCAGAUCGGCCUGAGCUGGAGAGAACCUCUGCAGACCUACGGCCUCAUCAGACAGUACGAGAUCUCCUACAAAGCCCUGAGUUCCUUCGACACAGAGUUCGAUCUGUCCAAUCAGAGCGGCAAGGUGCUCAAACCGGCCAAUGAGACGAGCCACGUGUUCAGCGGCCUCUACCCAGGCUCCACCUACUCCUUCACAAUAAGAGCGUCCACUGUGAAAGGCUUCGGCCCCCCGGUCAUCACUCAGUUCACCACCAAGAUCUCAGCUCCCCUGAUGCCGGCCUACGACCAGGAGCCACCUCUGAACCAGACCGACUCCACCGUCACGGUGCUGCUGAAGCCGGCCCAGAGCCGAGGAGCCCCCGUCAGUAGGUACCAGGUGGUGGUGGAGGAGGAGCGCCCCCGCAGGCAGAGGAGAGGUACUGCGGAGAUCCUGCGCUGUUAUCCGGUUCCCAUUCACUUCCAGAACGCAACGCUGCUCAACUCCCAGUACUACUUCAGCGCAGAGCUGCCCAUGAGUGAACUGAGAGCGGCCACGCCCUUCUGUGUCGGUGACAACAGAACCUACAAUGGUUACUGGAACGCUCCUCUGCUGCCUCAUAAGAGCUACGGAAUCUACUACCAGGCUGUCAGCUCGGCUAACGGGGAGACAAAGAUCGAGUGUGUGCGAGUGGCCACUAAAGCUGCUAUAAUCGCCACCCAGCUAACCACGCCGUACAUUCGAAUCGUCCCGGCGGCCGGAGACAAGCAGCUAACAGGAGCUGCUACCAGGAAGCCAGAGCCAGAGCAGGAGAAGCAGUCGGACCACACGGUGAAGAUCGCCGGGUCCAUCGCUGGCAUCCUGCUCUUCAUCAUCAUCCUGCUGGGAGUCAUCCUCCUCAUGAAGAAACGACGAAGAAAUUAUCACUCCUACACUUACUACCUGAAGUUGGCGAAGAAGAGGAAGGAAACUCUGAGCUCCAGACAGGAAAUGACUCUGAUGGUCAACAACUCGCAACACACAACCACGGUGGACACGCACACCCUGAACGGACGCACUAUGUCGUCUCCGUCCUCCUUCACCCUGAAGACAAACACCAUCAGCACCACUGUCCCCAACUCCUACUACCCAGACCCAUUCGUACCGACGGCCAUCCUGGUGCCCAUUAAUGACGACAGCCACACCAUGACCAGCGAAACCAGCAGCCUGGUCCAGUCCCACUACAAGCAGCGGGAGUCGGAGCGAGAGGCGCUGCCCUACCAGACGGGUCAACUCCACCCGGCCAUCCGAGUGGCCGACCUGCUGCAGCACAUCACCCAGAUGAAAUGUGCCGAAGGCUACGGCUUCAAGGAGGAGUACGAGCUCAACGAGAGCUUCUUUGAGGGUCAGUCGGCUCCAUGGGAUUCAGCCAAAAAGGACGAGAACCGCAUGAAGAACCGAUACGGCAACAUCAUCGCCUACGACCACUCCCGUGUGCGUCUCCAGGACGGCGAAGGCGGCAGCGACUACAUCAACGCCAACUACGUCGAUGGCUACCACCGACCCAACCACUACAUCGCAACCCAAGGACCCAUGCAGGAGACAGUGUACGACUUCUGGAGGAUGGUUUGGCAGGAAAACACAGCCGCUAUCGUCAUGGUAACCAACCUGGUGGAAGUGGGACGGGUGAAGUGUUGUAAGUACUGGCCUGACGACACAGAGAUCUAUGGAGACAUGAAGGUGACGCUGAUCGAGACUCAACUUCUGUCUGAGUACGUGAUCAGGACCUUCGCCGUGGAGAAGAGGGGCGUGGCUGAGAUCAGGGAGGUCCGUCAGUUCCAUUUCACUGGUUGGCCGGACCACGGCGUCCCGCUCCACGCCACCGGCCUCCUGGGCUUCAUCCGCCGCAUCAAAGCCAAGACUCCUCCCACGGCCGGCCCCACAGCCGUCCACUGCAGUGCGGGGGCGGGGCGUACUGGCUGCUUCAUGGUGAUUGACAUCAUGCUGGACAUGGCGGAGAGAGAGGGCGUGGUCGACAUCUACAACUGUGUCCGAGAGCUGAGAGCUCGAAGAGUCAAUAUGGUCCAGACGGAGGAGCAGUACGUCUUCAUCCACGACGCCAUCUUGGAGGCGUGUCUCUGUGGUGACACGGCGGUUCCAGCCAAUCAGCUGCGUUCUGUUUACUAUGAGAUGAGUCGAUUGGAUCCUCAGACCAACUCCAGUCAGAUCAAGGAGGAGUUCAGGACUCUGAACAUGGUGACGCCCACGUUGCGGGUGGAGGACUGCAGCAUCUCCCUGUUGCCUAGGAACCACGAGAAGAACCGGUGCAUGGACGUCCUGCCUCCGGACCGAUGCCUCCCCUUCCUCAUCAGCAUCGACGGGGAGAGCUCCAACUACAUCAACGCUGCGCUCAUGGACAGCUACAAACAGCCCUCAGCCUUCAUCGUUACCCAGCAUCCUUUGCCAAACACCGUCAAAGAUUUCUGGCGCCUGGUGCUCGACUACCACUGCACCUCCAUCGUCAUGCUGAACGACGUGGACCCAGCCCAGCUGUGUCCUCAGUACUGGCCGGAGAACGGGGUCCAUCGUCUGGGGUCUCUGCAGGUGGAGUUUGUGUCGGCCGACCUGGAGGAGGACGUCAUCAGUCGGAUCUUCAGGAUCUACAACACGGCCAGGCCUCAGGACGGGUACCGGAUGGUGCAGCAGUUCCAGUUCCUGGGGUGGCCCAUGUACCGCGACACGCCCGUCUCCAAGCGCUCCUUCCUCAAGCUGGUCCACCAGGUCGACAAAUGGCAGGAGGAGUACGACGGAGGGGAGGGGCGCACUGUAGUCCACUGCCUGAAUGGAGGAGGUCGUAGUGGGGUGUUCUGCAGCAUCAGCAUCGUGUGUGAGAUGUUGCAGCAGCAGCACUGUGUCGACGUCUUCCACGCCGUCAAAACGCUGAGGAACAACAAACCAAACAUGGUGGACCUGCUGGAACAAUACAAGUUCUGUUAUGAAGUGGCUCUGGAGUAUCUGAACUCUGCCUAGCUUCACCUCCUCUGGUCUGGAGGAGGAGGAGGAGGAGGAGGAGGAGGAGGAGGAGGAGGAGGAGGAGGAACACGAGGAGGAAGACUACUGACUGAGGUGGAGAGGAGGAGUUUUUUUUUUGCACUGCCUUGUUUGGACACUGUCGCUGUUUCUCGCCAUCCAUGUUAUGAUUUCUUCUUUUUUUUUUUUUUUUUGUCGUUGAGCUGAAACAAAAACAACCAAAACACAUCUCACCUGUGAUCAAUCAGCCAAUCAGCUCCUUCCUUUCCGGUGCCUGGAGCCCCGCCCACUUUUUGAGGUGGACAGGAAGUGCAGGCUGACUGAAUCCGUGAGCAGCUGUUCGUAAAGGUUGAUUUGAACGGCGAUGGUCAACGUGUGGAGGUGGAGUCAGAUGCUGGCCCCCCCCCUCCCUUCAGAGGCCGACGUUAGCGGGUUAGCUGCAAAGCUAACCUGCAGAGAUGCUACAGCUACGUCACAUAAAACACCUGGACUCACCUGGACUCACCUGGACUCUAGAGACCAGAUCCGAGUUCACACCUGGACCUGUUUGACCUGGCUCUGGUGUAAUCAGAUUACUAAGGUGUUAACGAGACGUCUGUGAACCGAUCAAAUCUGAGACAAAGAGAACUGGACUCGUUGUGUUUCCAGAAGUCGUUUCUCCUCUGAUGAAGACGUCGCAUCAUUAGACGAAGAGGAAGAGGACAUGUCCUCUCGCCUCAAAUGUCUAAAUGUCUUCGUUUCAGCUCGUUUUUCAACUCGACCUGUAACUGAUUAGUUCUAGGUUUGAAUCCAAAGACCUGUGUGCAGAGUGUGUUUUUCUUGGGUGGAUCGUUAGAGUCUGGGACGUGUCAGUGAUUAUUAGCAACAUGGAUUUUAAUGGAAUUAUGUUUUUUCUUUUUUCUAGAGUUUAAUUUAAAAAACAACUCUCAUUAAAACCCAUUGAAACUGCACUUUGUCUUUUUUCACAUUCGCUCUGAUUCACUCCGUGUUCCCAGACUCUAAUAACCCCCCAAGAAAAAGACACUUUGCUUUUAGAUUAUUAAAAAAUAUUUACACUUUUGGGUGUUUUUUUUAAAAUGAAAAUUUUGUGCUGCCGUCACAAAUACUGGCACAUAAAGAGUUAAAAGUCAGAAAUGAAACAAACUUUUGGUAUUUAUGAUUAGAACUGAAGUGGAUGAAAAGGUUUAUGUCAAACUAAAUAUUAAAUGUAAACAUGUGCUAUUUCUAUGGCAUAUGUUCAUGGUGUUUUUGAAGAGGACACUUUUGUCCCUCGAUGGAAGCAACGUAACCAGCUGCGUUACACAGUGUAAAAAUGGAGUAUUAUGGGAUUUUAGUUCAAAACUAAGAUUUAAUAUAUAUAUAUACACACACACUUUUGCCAAAUAUGAAAGCAAAAAGCAGAACUACUGCUAAGUUUUAAACAAAAAAACAAAAAACUGGAAAAGGAGACUUUUGUCCCCAUGAGGGUAAAUGGGGCCGGGACAUGUGGUGAGACCCUGGGUGCUCAUGGCUCCGGGUCCAGGUUAUAUGUUUCGUGGAUGAAGAUGUUUACGUUUAGUCUCCGCCCCCUCAGCCCGUCUGUCUUCUUCUGUGGUGUUUGAUCUUGUACAGGGCACUCAUAGAGAUUCUACAUGUCAACCCCAGAGUUUUAUUCGUCAUAGGACAAAAGGACACUUUUUUUUUUUACUUUUGUGAAAUUUUCAAAAAUUUCAUGUAUUUUCAUGUAUAAAAUCCAUGAAUGAAUUUCCCAUAUCUGGUUCCUUGUCCUUAAGUGGUAAACAAAUGUAAACAUGUAUUUAGAGCAUUAGAACAUAAGAGCUGAUUCAGACACUUGUCAACAUCGUUACAUUAGACAACAUUAGGACACUUCUUCUUCAUGUGUUCUCUGGGGCUGAGCUGUUAAUAAUGUACAGAAGAAGAAUAUUUAUUCCACAAGUUGUUCUCUGUGUCGUCGUCGUCGUUCUAGUGAAGCACAGAGACAGAGACAAUCACGUGGACGAUUUAAUGUCCAGUUAAUCUGUCCAAUGUUCCACCAAGAGAACCGCAGUCAGACCAGGUUCUGGUCCAGGUUCUAACGUACGGCAUGAAACACUGACUGAACUCUGUUACUGGACUCGAACACUUUUAUUUAUGUUUAUGAUUCACUGAAAUAAAAAACCUCUGUACUCAAA